CAUCCUGUCGUGGCUGUCUUUGUAUUUUCUUGAUGAAAACAUAAACCCGUUGAUGGACCACAGGUUUUAUUCUGAAAGGGUCUCUCAGCAAACUGCGACGGAAACGGUUUUUAUUUUGAAGUUCAUUACCGGACGUGGUGUUAAUGGCGGUUGGUGCCGUCUUGACUCCUCGCUGACACAUCUCCUCCUCCUCCUCCUCCUCCUCCCUCCGCCGCUCCACUUCGCCAUUGUGUGCGGAGCUCGGUGAGUGUUGAGGUCGAGGCAGCUGCGGGACGAUGGCGGAGUAGAAACGGACAAACAAACGGACUAACGGCUCGUCUGUCCUCCAUGUUCUCCUCCUCCUCCUCCUCGUCCUCCUCCUCCUGACGGCCCGCCGCUCCGCUCCGCUCCUCUCCGCUCCUGGCCUCACCGACGACACCCAUGCAGCCAGCAGAGGAGCCCCUGGAUGGGACUCGCUACAUGUGCAGAUGGUCCCUCAGAGGCCCCACACGGGCUUAAAGAGAUCUAUGUUGGGUAACGGCGUGAAGCGGAAACUGGAUGAUGGCGAGGACGGUUUGGAGGAAGUCGGGCGUCCUCUGGCGGUCGGCGGCAUGUCGCAGGCGUCCUUCACGCUGCAGCGGCAGACGGUCCUCAACAUGUCCCUCAUGAAGCUGUACGGUCCUCGGAUGGGCGCCGACCUCGGCCUGCAGCGCCGAGUCCUCAUCAACAACAUCAUCCGCCGCAUCCACGACGACUUCAGGCAGGAAGGAGGCGUCGGCGCGUUCUUCUUCUCCGCCGCUCCGCCCGUCGCUGCUGCCGCCUGUGAGGACGAGAGCUACCGACAGCCUCCGCCUCCUCCCUCCUCCUUCAGCAUCCUCUCAUCGUCUCUGUCGGGCCUCACGGCGUUGGACUCCUGCCUGACUCCCGCCUCGCUGCUGGAGGAGGACAUGCCCAUGUUCUUCACCCUGCCGCCCUCCUCCUCCACCCAGCACCACCACCUGCACCACUCCCUGAGGCCGCCCUCCCCCUCGCCUAAAGACAGCUUCUCCUCCGCCCUGGAGGAGAUCGAGGAGCUGUGUCCCUCCUCUUCGUCUUCCUCCUCCUCCAGCCCACCAUCUCCUCCUCCUGCUCGGGUUCUGUUUGAUGUUGUAAUGAAGGAGGAGGGGCGGGGCUUUCAGGGGGUGGAGAGCAGGUUAGAGAAACCCCCUCCACCUGCUCCACCUCCUCUUCCUCCCUCCUCGUCCUCCCCGGGCUCCUUCCUCACUGACUUCGCCCUGGACGACGUCCUCUUCACAGACAUAGACACGUCCAUGUACGACCUCGGGCCCUGCCCGGCCACAUCAGGGGCGCCGCCAUCUAAGAUGGCCCCCGUCAUGACGGCUGAUGACCUCGUCAGGACGAUGUCGGGGUACGGUUCCGCAGGACCCGGUGCUCAGAACCAGCCUUUUAAAAUGGACCUAGCUGAACUGGACCACAUCAUGGAGGUUCUGGUGGGCAGCUGAGAGGACGAGCAGAGUCGAGGACACGUUUGACUAGUUUUUGUUAAGUUUGUACAGUUUUUAAAGUCCCGACGUUCUUCACACCGGCUUCAUUCUGGAGGAGUCGAGCUGCUGGUGUCGAGCUUCAACACUGAUAAACUGAUGAACAGUAAUUCUGACCGAGUUCUGGUCCCAUCAGAGAGAACCAGGCAGGCAGAGGUCUCAGAGUGGCUCUGUUACAGCAGCAUUUACUAACCUGUACGGAUGCCAAUGUUUUAGCCAACAUGCUAACACGAGUCCACUACAACAACUUUCUGAAAAUACAAAUAUUACAAUCUUUCUAUUUUAAACAACGCAGUGACUCGUCUGUUGAAGGGUUAACUCGAAGGAUGAGGCCAGAAUUUGAGUUUAAAACACUCAAAAACUGAAGUUAGCAUGCUAACCAGCUAGCUCCUCACACCACUGUGUAGCUCCCAGGUGAUAGUCUCUGUACUGUAUAAUGUCUUCACACUGACCUCCUGAGCUAACUGACGGCAGCUAGUGGCUACAGCUAAAGAGUGAGCAGCAGUUAGCGGUUGUGCUAACCUGCAGUGUUGGAGCUACCUUCAGAUUCUGUCCAUUUCUUACAGAUUACACCUUUAACGCGUGAGGUCACAUUUCAUGACGCUCAGUGUUCGUCUUCCAGUGAGCUGCAGCUCCGGUGACACUGGUGUGAAGAACGCUCCUGUUUUCUACCGCUGUCCCACAAUUGUAAGAAACUAAACAUCUCCAGAGACGUUUCUGCUGUCGGUGCAUGUUUUUACAAAAAGAAAUCUCAACAGCAUUUAUGGAAAAAACAAAACAAAAAAAAACGAUUCAGUGCCUUUCAAACGUCUGUCACGCGCUCACGUCUCGCUGUUGCUCAUAGCAACAUGAACGCUGAAGGAAGUUUUAUUCCAAGAUGCAGAUUAAUAACCUAAAAGUCAUCAUGACAUUAAUUUUGUUUUGUUAACAAAGAAUGUGAAAGUCUUUUUAAAACGUCAGACGUGUAAAUGUGGAGCUGUUCUUUUGUUUUAGACUUGGAGAUGAAAGUCUGCUGAGGUUUAUAUUCUUCUUCUUGUUAACAAACCACCGUGUGCUCGUCCGUCAGGCUUCAAACACACAAUCACAACCUGAGGAGAGAAAAAUAAAUGACAGCAGACUUUACAUUUAGCAGCUUUUCUCUGUUGAGAAGUCAGAAAUCACAGCCGACAUCUUUUAGCUCAUUUGUUGCUAACGCUAGCAGUCACAUGACCAGCUAACCACACUGAUUGGUCGGCAGGUUCGUCCAAUUAUCAUAAUCCAUGUGUAGCUUUAAGAGCAGGAGAAGAUCUCAUUGGUUGAGUCAAACCUUGAUAAGUGAGCUAAACAAACUACCUGUAGAACAAAUGUGAAAGAAGGAACUCAAGUAAAGGAAUAUAAAUUGUAUUAACUUUAGAUUCUGGUUAAUGAUGUUGGGGUUAGCAUUUAGAUAACUAGCUUAGCUACAGUUUGCUUCAGCCUAGUUUGGCUGUGAAGAAAAGUUGUACAGAGAAUUUGUAGAAAACAAACCUGACUUCAGAUUUACUCCUGAUGCAACAACAACAAAGUCACUACACAGAUGUUUUAUUCUUUACAUUUCUGACUUAAUAGCGAAGCAGAAACAGUGACGGUGUCUCAGGUUUAGAUAACAAAGACACUGUUAGCCUUUCUAGCUGGUUAGCGCUAGGAAAGCUAACUGGCAGAUUCAUACCUAGCAUGUCACAUGAAGCAGAUUUACCAUCUUGGAAUGAAUUAGCCUAGCUUGACUUUUAACACACAUUGACUUUGCUUUGUUAAAAGUUUUUUUAAUCUUUGUGGCCAAUUAGCUACAAAGAUGUUGCAGAAAACAACAUGUAGCUCUAUAACUUUUCUUCCUUGAGCAAUAACGACAGACUAGCUUGAAUUUUUAGGAUGUCUGGAAAGAUCACACGUUACAUCUUCCUUAAAUAUCACUCAGUGUUGAACUGAAGCCAUGUAGCUUUUUUUACUCAUUACAGAUCUACUAUAGGAUGCAGUUAGCCUAGCUUAGCAUAAAGACUGGAAGCAGAGGGACACGGCUAGCUUGGCUCCUCAAAGAUACGAACACGUCUUAAUGUCUCAGAUCGAUGUGUCGCAUCUCGUUUUAAUCCGACUUGUGUCUGUUCUCUCUGUCGUAUCAUUGUCUUCAUCUGGAGCUUCCGUCUAAUUUAACUUCUCUAAAAAAUGAUUUUUUUAUCUGUUUUAACUCAACCAAUGAAAUACUCAACUACUAAAAUAAACAUUUUAGUUUAAUUUCAACCUGAAAUCUGGAGAAAAGAACGUGUUUGUGGUUUUAAUCAUCAGCUCAGUUUAAGGAAACAAAGGUCCAUAUUUGCAAUAACGGAGGUACGUGUGUUUUAUUCUGUUAUUUCUAGUGACGACACAAACUGUACGACGCUUCAACACAACUCUGGAUUAUUAUUUAUUAUCUGUCAGCUCUGGUGUGUAUUUAUUGACACUAAUAUUCUGUUUGUACAAAACAUAAUGUGUGUUUUUCCACCAGAAGUGACUCUGAUUUGAUUGUUUUGUUUGUUUUUGUUUCUUAAAUAAUUUGUAAUAUAUUUCAGGAUUUCAGCAAUGCAAACGCCAUCAGUUCAACCUAUACAGCUCUAGUGUGUGUGUGUGUGUGUGUGUGUGUGUGUGUGUGUGUGUGUGUGUGUGUGUGUGUGUGUACUGUGAUGAACAGCGAGCCAGUUUUAAAACCUUGUGGUCUGAUUUGAUCUCCAAAGUCUUUAGUUUUUUUCAUAUAUUUCUGUGUGUGUCUCGGCCUGGUACCAUCAUGUGAUCUGGGUCUGGAUCUGUACUUCGUACCGGAUCAUCAGAGUCAUUGUUGGAUCAGAUGUAUUGAUCAUGUGUGACUGACUCCAGAUCUGUCUAGAAUAUAAGUCCCUGUGUCUCCUCCUGCUGGAUGGAGGAUGUACAGCAGUCAGAACUGUGUCCCACUGUGGCAGCUGCAUACUGAUGAUGUACAACAUGUCUUUAUAUAUUAUAUUUUUAUAGAUCUUUAGAUCUGUUUGUCUUUAUAUGAACACAGUCAGACGUCGACCGACUGAGUUUGAAGUGUCUCCUGUUUCCUCGGAUCUUCUCGGUGCUGACAGUUUAUCUUCUCCAGCAGAGGAACAAACUGACAUGAGGUGUUUAAAUGGAUGAAACCGUCUGUAAGUCGCCUCCUUCUGUCCCUCACAUGAGUUAAUAUGAAGCAGCAGUGACACGGUGACAUCACAGUUCAGUGGGACACGGUGACAUCAUAGUUUGUCUCCUGGCUCUUCGUCCAGACCGACCGGAGUCUUCCUCACUGUUCAGUUUUCUUCAUCAGAGAAUGAACGAUUGUGUCAGCAGCAACAGAAUCUCAUCGAACCAAAUCUUCUUCUGCUCCGUAACCUUCUUCUUCUUCUUCUUCUCCUCCUUUAUUCUUUUUCUCCUUUAUUCUUCUUCUCCUCCUCUGUAUCGUCACUGAGGCUGUUGGUGUUAUUUUAUCUGAUCGCCAUGUUUCCGUCUGUCCCCUCCCCCGACCUCGACUCUGUGCCUUGUCUGAUGCAACGUGACAUUUGACCUCUGAGGUUUCUGUCUGAAUGUGUGACAUCAUCAUCGAUGACUCAGCUGUUUUUAUUUUUUACAUUAAAUGAAAAUGAGCUCGA